AGUGCUGUGCGCGUGGCGGGACAGCGCAGUCUUAAAAAGCGCGGGGAGCGGUGGUGCGUACCCGUGUGUGAAGCUCCCGCUGGUGCGCUCCGUUCCGCCGCCAUGCAGAGAAAACACCUCCAGGAGAUCCCAUCUUCCAGCAGAAACGUUUCUAUCAGCUUCACCUGGGACUGGGACCACAGUAAUACUUCAGAGUUUCUCUCCGGCCUGGGAGUGUCUGUCCUUAGGAAGGACAAGCUGGGCAAUCAAAACAUGCAACAGGACCUGUCCUGUCCUGCAAAACGGCAGAAAGUGGUGGACUUUUUCAUUAUGCGCCGGCCUAGGCUGUUCCGAAUACCAGAGCCAGGUGUUUUUUGGAAUACCCUUCCAGAUGAAUUGCUUUUGGCAAUCUUUGUAUGCUUGCCCCUGAAUGACUUGCUACAAGUUUCCAUGGUUUGCAGGAGAUGGUAUCGUCUUUCGUUUGAUGAAUCUCUCUGGCAGACUCUUGAUCUGGCUGAUAAAAAUCUGAUGCCAGGUGUGAUUGGACAGUUGCUGCCUCUAGGUGUUACUGCAUUCUGUGCUGCAAGGUCUUGUAUUGGGAAUCCAAUGUUUCAGAUGAGCAAACCUCUCAAAGUUCAACAUAUGGAUUUGUCAAACUGCAUAGUGUCCACUGCAGAUCUCCAGAAUAUUCUUUGUCUGUGUCAAAGGCUGAAGAACCUCAGUUUGGAGGGACUAGUGCUUUCUGACAACAUCAUCAAGAGCAUUGCUAAGAAUCCCAGUUUGGUGAGACUAAAUGUUUGUGGAUGUUCAAGGUUUUCUGCAGAAGCCUUGGAGCUGAUGUUGAGCAGCUGUUCUAAGUUGGAGGAGCUGAACUUGUCCUGGUGUGACUUCACAGCCGCUCAUAUCAAAGCAGUGGUCAAUCAUGUUAGUGCACAAAUAACCCACUUAAAUCUAAGUGGAUACAGACACAAUCUACAAAUACCAGAUGUUAAAACACUGGUGGAAAGAUGUCCUUUACUAAUCCAUUUAGAUCUAAGUGACAGUGUGAUGUUGAGUACUGACUGCUUCCAGUAUUUUCGUCAACUCAGCUUUCUAGAACAUUUGUGUCUUAGCCGAUGUUAUCAGAUAUCACCUGCUGACAUAGCAGAACUUGGUGAAAUAACAACAUUAAAGACUCUUCAGGUGUUUGGAAUAGUGACUGACAGCUCCCUACACCUCCUCAGAGAAAUGUUUCCUAAUGUAAAGAUCAAUUGUUCAUACUUCACAAGUAUCGCAAGGCCAACUGUUGGCAAUAGAAACGGUGAUAUUUGGGGCAUCAAAUGCAGAUUGAUGCUGAGAAGUCCUAGUGUCUUAUGAUCAUGUAUGAUGCACUGGAUGUGACGGACACACUGUGUGAAGAUCCUUAAGCAGCACAGUGCUGGAGCACCUUUAAUCAUAUUACUGUUGUUGUAAAAAGCAUUCUAACUUCCUUAUAUGCCUUAAUCUAGUUUCAUAAAUAUUUUUACAGGUUUGCUUUACUUAAAGCCUUUAGAAAUCAGAUCUGUGAGCAAUUGUGGACUCUUUAAAUCCUUUUUUUACAGAUAAGCUUUUAAAAAACAUUUAUAAAACAACCAUUGCAAUUAAACAAUGUCAGUCUGUAACAACUGCUGCAUUUUCUGAUGCAGCUUUUGUUGCUCUGUGUUCAAAAGGUGCUUUUGAUUAACUUCCAGCUCUACAACUGCUUACAGAGAUGGUACAUCUUGAUAAGGAUUAUUAAGGAAUUGUUUUGAGUUUGCAGAAGUCAAAAUAAAUAAUGGUCAAUUAAGGAUUGGAAUAGGUUUAAUACCAAGAUGUACAGUCAGAUGAGAAAGCUGUUUGAGAGGGACAGUCUGAAUUCACCAAACCUGAAAACAUUAAACAGGGAAAGGGAUGUCUACACAAAAGCAUCUAAAUAAACAGCUUAAUACUCUACAAGUUAAGAAACAGUAUGAAGGAGCUACAGUGAAGUUUUUCUUUAGCAGGCCACAAAGGUAAUAUCUGUGAUUAGUAUUCUUCAUAGUUGGCAAAAUCUUGUCUGAGAAGCCUAUUCAGAAUAAGCAUCUGUAACAGUAGAUGCUGGUUAUCAACUGUUUCAUUUUGUGGUGCUAGGUUUUCUGAUUAUAUCUUACAUGAAUGUUAAUGUAGCUUCUAUGAGCUCGAUCUCAUAAAACUUUUGAAAUGUUUUACUUCCAUUAAAGUUCUUUCAACUGCAACUGAUAAAUAGGCAGAAAUCUUUUAUGAGACAUGAAUUUAUCUUUUAUAAUAGCUUCUUUGUAGUAUCAUCUAACUUCUUUGAUCUGUAAUACAAACCACUACUGUCUAAUACUGUGGUUUUUAGUCAUUUGAAAAGCUGAGUAACUGUCAAAAAAAGACCCAAAACCAAACUAAGGAUAGGGACAGGUAAUGACUAAAUACAGAUCAGAGUUUUAUUUAAUCAUCAGGGUCCUCGUGCAUAAGCCUGGAAUGUUGCAGAUAUAAAUGUUAGUUGAGAAGUUCUCAGGCAGAACUUCCACCCUGGGUAGGGCAUGAGUAUGCUGCUGCUGUUCCCACAAAUGCAGCAAGCAAGCAGGUGAUGAAUUUAUUCAUGGAUAUUUAACUGUUGCACAGGUGUAGUGCUUCCCAUCUCAAACUGAAGAGUUCAGAAAUAAAUACAUGGUAGUACAGAAUAGAUUACUGUGGAAAGAUUGUACAAGUGCUGGGAUUUGAUAUUUAAAUUGCCUUGCAAUUGUAUAGCAAAUAUAUUACCUUGUUAAUAUGUUCAAAACUGGUGUGUUUUUCGCUAAAUUUAAGAGUGUAAAUCUGAGUCACUAAUAGGCUUGUGCCCCUUACAAAGGAGUUAAGGGGAAACAUACUUUGUGAAAGCUGGAGUGGAAAAGUGAUGGGAGGUUUGGGGAUACUGGACAUUCUGAUCUUUCAGUUUGCAGCCUUGGGUUUAUGCCUUAAAUUCAAGGAAAAAAAAAAAAGUCUUUGCAGCAUAGCAUUAUUGUAAGUUCUUUUCUCUAUACUCAGUGUAACCCUAUAUGACUUUCCUUGCAUUUAAUAAAGACUUGAAUUGCUGUAUUGUA